AUGCAUUGGAAGAAUCCCUUAUUUAUAAAGAACUUCUGCCUCCCGUCACUUUUCUUUUUGCCCUCUUGGAAAGGCGUUGCAGGAUGUUGUGCCAAAACAACCACUGCGCCACUGGAUCGAGUGAAGAUUUUGCUGCAGGCUCAUAACCACCAUUACAAGCACCUUGGAGUGUUUUCUACCUUGUGUGCUGUCCCCAAAAAGGAAGGUUACCUCGGGCUGUAUAAAGGAAACGGGGCAAUGAUGAUUAGAAUCUUUCCAUAUGGCGCAAUUCAGUUUAUGGCAUUUGACCAAUAUAAAAAGGUAAUAAAGAAGCAGCUUGGGAUUUCAGGGCAUGUGCAUCGAUUAAUGGCUGGAUCCAUGGCAGGUAUUACAGCAGUGAUUUGUACUUACCCUCUUGAUAUGGUUAGAGUUCGUCUGGCGUUCCAAGUAAAAGGGGAACACAAGUACAUGGGAAUUAUCCAUGCAUUCAAGAUGAUUUACACAAAGGAAGGUGGUUUUAGGGGGUUCUACAGAGGGCUGAUGCCAACUGUUGUAGGAAUGGCACCGUAUGCGGGUUUUUCAUUUUUUACCUUUGGUACCUUAAAGAGCAUUGGACUUGCUCAAGCACCUAACUUGCUUGGACGGCCUUCAUUAGAUAACCCCGAUGUCUUAGUUUUGAAAACACAUGUAAAUCUGCUGUGUGGUGGCAUAGCUGGAGCGAUAGCUCAGACGAUAUCGUAUCCCCUUGAUGUAACUCGUAGGCGAAUGCAGUUAGGAGCGGUUCUCCCAGACUCUGAAAAGUGCCUUACAAUGGUGCAGACACUGAAAUACGUCUAUCAACAACAUGGAAUACGAAGAGGAUUAUACCGUGGUUUAUCUCUAAAUUAUAUUCGUUGUAUCCCUUCCCAGGCUGUGGCUUUUACCACGUAUGAACUUAUGAAACAAUUCUUGCACCUCAACUAAUUUUUUUUUUAAGACUUUCCUAUAAAACUACACUAUCAGUCCUCAAAUUAUAUUGGCGAGUAAAUUACUUGAAGUUUAAAAAAAAAAGCAAGCUAUCUGUUACUGUGGAACUGCUGUUGUCUGACAUUUUUAGUUGCCAAAGUGUGGUUAAUUUCCUGGAGUCAAACCAGGAGACAGAUCAAAAUAAACAUUAGUUAGAUCAAGUGCAAAAAAAUGUUUAUAGCUUCUAGGCUUCAUUAGAUUAAUGCUAAGAAUUAACCAGUUUUAAAAUGACACCCACAUUUUUUAUACGGGUUUCAAGCUGUUAGUUAUUUAGCUUUAUCACCAUUCCAGGAGUUACACACAUGGUUACAUUGCUUUUUAAGCUAGGAGUUAGACACCUGUUCUUUAA